GGGGCUGUAUAGUACCAAAGGCGCAGAAGGGCUCAGGAUAGGGGUGACGCCGUCAGCCUCUGGAGACGAAAUCCCCCAAAUCCUGAGUCACCGUGGAAAGAGGGCUGCGCCACCAUUUUUAAGCUGGGCGAACCGAAGCAAGAAAUACUGCCAUAUUGAAUCUUCGCCAGCUUUGUGCUGAAUAGCGGGGUGGGGCGGGUAGGCUGGACGGAGGGAGAGUCCAUAUGCUCUGUAGGCUCUUCCUCCACGGCUGUUAGAAGUCGACUGACCGAGGGACGUCGGGCCGCUCGCCUUCGCUUAGCGCCGAGGGUGAGCAUAGGCGUGCAGCCGUGUUUGUUGCUGGCGAGCCGAAGUGGUGUAGCCGACGCCUUCCAUCUCCCCCAUGAGCACUCUACUGUGGCCGCUGCAAGCUGCUUGCAGAUGGAGCGUCUGGCUGCUAUUUGAUUCGGGGCAUCCAGGAUUAGGGAGGCGGAGUGUACACAAUGGAGGAGGGGCCACUGCACGGAAGUGACGCACGAGGCCGCCAUGCCCUUUUGAGGGCGGCGACGGCGCCUGGCCGGCCAUGCUGGCUACGGGCACGGCGCGGAUGGCGUCUGGGCGGCCAGAGGAACUAUGGGAGGCCGUCGUAGGGGCCGCCGAGCGCUUCCGGGCCCGCACUGGCACAGAGCUGGUGUUGCUGACUGCAGCGCCGCCGCCGCCGCCCCGCCCAGGGCCUUGCGCCUAUGCCGCCCAUGGCCGCGGAGCCCUGGCAGAGGCCACACGCCGCUGCCUCCACGACAUCGCACAGGCACACAGAGCUGCCACCGCCACCAGACCUGGUCCCCCACCAGCACCACAGCCGCCCAGCCCUGCUCCUAGCCCUCAGCCUCGGCCAGCCCUGGUGAGGGAGGAUGAUGAGGAAGAUGAGGAUGAGCCCACUGAGACAGAGACUUCUGGGGAGCGGCUGGGCGGUAGCGAUAAUGGAGGACUCUUCAUGAUGGAUGAGGAUGCCACUCUCCAGGACCUGCCCCCCUUCUGCGAGUCAGAUCCGGAGAGCACAGAUGACGGCAGCUUGAGUGAGGAGACCCCAGCCGGCCCCCCAGCCUGCCCCAAGCCCCCGGCGGCAGCCCUGCCCACCCAGCAGUACGCCAAGUCCCUGCCCGUGUCGGUGCCAGUGUGGGCCUUCAAGGAGAAGAGGACAGAGGCGCGAUCGUCAGAUGAGGAAAACGGCCCGCCCUCCUCGCCCGAUCUGGACCGGAUCGCUGCUAGCAUGCGGGCACUGGUGCUGCGGGAGGCCGAGGAUACCCAGGUCUUCGGGGACCUGCCGCGGCCGCGGCUCAACACCAGCGACUUCCAGAAGCUGAAGCGGAAAUACUGAGCGGACAGGACGCCCCGGCCAGUGGGUCGUGGAGCCUUCCCCUGCCCAGCAACAGGACACUCACUCUUGACGGGAUUGGCCCGCUCCGGUUUGCGGCGAGGCCCGUUCCCAGACGCUCAGUGGUCAACUCCGUUUCUUGCCUAGCAACAGAAGCUUUACCGCGCACCCCCGGCUCGCUGGCCAAGCGCAGAGCCGGGCUGCGGGGCCAGGUGGCGCCUCGGCCAAAGUCCCAGAGUCGCAGGCCGCCCUUGAGUCCCCACCCGACUGGCCCGGCCUCCUGGGGGCGUGGCCAAGCCCUCCCGCACCCAGAAUUGCCGGGGGCUGGAGUUCCUUACACUACUGGGGCUGGUUUUUUGUUUUGUUUUUGCCCUAGUCCUGACUUGGAUCCGGUUCCCCACGGGGAUAGUCCGGUCCUGCGCUGCGUCCGACGCCCCCAUAGGUUACACCCCACAACAGCCUGUCCAUCAAGUCUGUCCUUUACCCAGGACGGUACCAGCUUCCUGAACCCCGACCCCAACAGGUGCCUUAAAGGGCCCUCUCCCACCCAAGGUAGGGGCAGGGGGCCUCACUCUCCGGCCCUGGCCCUGGGUGCGGGGGAGUCGGGAGGGCGCUCUGAGAGAUUAAAGUUUUACCUCUGACAA